AUGACAAGUGAACAAGAGGUACGUCUCUAAAAAUACUCCAACUUUCAAUCUAUCAGAAUAUUCAUAAAUUUCACCUUUCAACUCUCACAAGUGACCAACUAUUAAUUUCUAUAUAUUUAUAUAUAUCUAAGCAUUGUCAUGGAAACAAGUGAUGAGAGCGGAUGAGUAUGCCAUACAAGGGAAACUGUUUGAUAUAACACGCAAUUCUCAGAACUAACUGUAAGAAAUGCAAGGCCGACAAAAGGAAUAACUGUCCUAUCACAGAUCUUCUUAUACGUGCACCAUUUUCGGCUUUUUUUAUUGUACAAAUACAUAAUUGUAAUGACAUGUUUACAAAGUAAUAAUAGUGGAGAAUUUAAAAAAAGAAAAAAAAACUACAUCACAUGAUUGCUUGCCCGUAUAGUGGGUUUGUCCUUAUCUCCAUUUUGCAAAAAAUUCGAAGGAAAUUGGAUAAUACUCUUUGCUGAACAUGGAACAGUAACAGAUAUGUAGAGAUCACAACUGACUUACAAAUUCAAUACGGUUGAGAAAUAUCAUAAGACACCGCGAGAAGCCUAAGUUAACCAUAUUCUAGCCAGGUUGACCAAUUGCUGGCAACAUUUAAAUAUGUACUUUGCGAGUUGUGCUUAUAUCCUGUCUUACUCGUGAAUUUAACCAACAAAACCAAGAGCCGUGACAAUGAUCUUUAGCUGCCAAAUUCGUCAAACAUUUUGGAGGUCAAAUAGUCUCAAUGAUUUUCAAAAGGGAGGUAAACAUGGGUUCAUUGGACAAAUCGCUAAGCUUCACCUAUGCAUUAAAAAUAUCAUCUGUACUUUCAUAGGCAGGCUCAGUAGUUGCUACUUUCAUAUAUUUGUUCAAUAGCCGAUUGCUUCUGUUCCAGAUCAUUGUUUAGGGGUAUUUUCUGACGCCUUUGAAACGGAAAAGGUGUGAUCAGUCCCUUAAUUGUCCUAAAAAAUUGUGGAAGUUUAAUUUGAGAGGCAAAACAUUCCUCAAUAAUAACGUAUUCCAUGGCCAAAUUGUUGUUUUGAAGGUAGAUUUCUCAAUAAAUUUAGCAAAUCAAAUCAAGAAAUGGUCUACCGCUCAAUUCACAGCUUUUCAAUUUAACAAAAAUCAUUGAUUGAAUUAUCCCGUUUUUAUUUCUCAAUGGUGUGCUCUUUUAUUCGCGGGCGAAAACGUUACCACAAUACAUUCACUGAACCGUGCACUGUUUUUGUCUCCGUGUGAGAGUUAUGAAGCGCUAACCUCUCAAUCAAAAAAGUCGAUUUUGCUUCGGCAACGUCGAAAAAAUGUGGCCCAACAUCGAUAGGUCGGAUCUCAGUUAAGUUUCUAAAUCUGCUUUAAGCGACGAGAUUUCUGAAACGUCUGAAAAUGGGUUCCACAAGCUGCAUGCCGUCUUUCGAUAAAUAACGAGAAGAUGUACAAAUUCUUCGAGCAACUGAGUACAAUAUUUGAGGUAAGUUUCUACUUCCAAAUCAAAUUUUAUCGCCUUAAUGUAACCUCAUUAGAGAUGAAGUCGUUCCGUUUUGUAAAAUGUUACCAUCGCUCGCCAAUAUCGCACACAAAUUACUUUCGACAAGGAAAAGUUGCUUGAGUUUUAAGUUCAUUAUAAAAACAAAUGAAAAGUUCACGGAUGAAGUGUCUGUGUGAAAAGAUGAAAAAGCACAGAAAAUCAAAUGAAUCCCAGUAUCUAGCUUCAAAGAUAGCGCAGAUGUUAACUGAUUUAGAUACGCGCUCUUUAUUUACUUUCGAACUGAUAUUGCGAAGUAAUCUUGUGAUGAUUUUUCUCUAAAUGUUCUUUGCAUAAUUAUGUAUGUCAUUGGAAUAUUUAUCCUGUCAUUUUAGACAAGUGAAUUUGUAAGGUAGUAGACGUUCUGAGGAAUCUGAAAUAUGUUGUUGUUGGUAAAUCCAAAUGCACGCAAAGCGUUGUUUGACAAAUGUAUUUCCUGCAACCUUCUACUUAUCUUGUACCAUAACGAAAAACUGUGGUUGCAAAAUACUUUCGAUAGUUUCAGCUUUGUUAUGUAUGCAACACCGAGUCCUGUAUUCCUGAAUGUCUAUUUAGCUCUUGACGGAAGAUGAAUUGCGUUAAAGGCGCUAGACUUUUACCGAUCUUAAACAACAUUACUUUAUCUGGAUCGCUGGAAAACUACUAUCAAAAUGGCGGUCUAUCUCUUGUACCAUGAAUUAGAAUCAAAAAAAGAGAAUAGAUGUAUACGGAACCUACGCUAUUUUUAUUAAAAAAAAAUAUGAAUUUUUCAUGAAAUCUGAAAAUAGCGAUUACGCUUAACGACUUCUGUUAUUAUUUGUGGUUGCUUUUACCUUGCCUAACGACUGCGCAUACCACAAACUGAUCGGUUUUAUAAUAUUAAUUGACAAGAACACAGUCAUUGCCUUUCCAUUGAAUUAUUUUUCUUUACUUUUAGGAUCCCGCUUACAGCAAUGUCAGGGACGAGAUUUUCACAUCAGGUAAACUAUUAUGUUGUUAUUAGACUCACAAUGAGGUAAGCGAGUCUGUAAAGGUUCGUUAGAUCCCUUGCGGAUUCCUUCAUCACAUGCCAAAUUUAGUUUGUUGGCGAAACAAUGGAAACGUGUGGGAAGAAAAUGCAUCAUUAUAGCCUGGAGCUUAAUAACAUAUUUUCAGAAGUAAAUCAUCGAAAAAAAAAAGGAAUAUGUGUUCCCAUCAUUUUCUUGCUGAUGACAGUUCUACCUCGGAUUGCAAUGGUCUGGAUGAGUGUUAUCGAAUGUGCCCUAUUCGCUUCAGAAAGGUCUUCUAGGCAGCUCUCUCCCAUAUUGUCUAUAUGACCCACAUGAUUUCAAAUAGAGCCGAAUAUCUUCAAGUUGAGCCUGGUCACUUUGUAAACUCUAGAAGUCGAUUCAUUGCCCUAUACGGCGACUGCACAAUGAUUCUUUACCGUGAAUAACUGUGCAUCAACUAUAUCAUUUGCUGUUAGUGGCACUUCGCCACAGGUUUUUGACAUCUAAUGGUCAGUUUACUCAUCCGUUGUACAUGUACUAUUUCCUUACUUUCAUUCCAAACCCGUUCCCCCACUUGAAUUAAUCCCAAAUUUUCUUACUGAGGGGCCGGGUCCAUUUUUCAGUCCCUAAUUUUUUGUUUUGGCUUUCGUUCCUAACUAGUCACCCGCUUACCCAUUUCCUUCACAUCCAGUCUUUCAGUUGUUCCUGAGCCCCUAGGUCUUCCUAUUCUCGUCAUUCCCCACCAUUUCCUCGUGCCUGAGUGAUUCUUUCGAUAAACGUGCUUUUUUCUUUACUGCCGUUUAUUUCAUCACGCGAACCACCCAUAGCCGAAUCUUUCUCCGACUUACUGGUAUUGUGCUGCACAUAUCUUUUUCUACGCAAAAUUGCGAGUCAUCGCGACAAGAUCUUUCAUCUUUCCAAGAUCCGGUGAAAAACAGUUGGACUCAUUUAGUUCUCCUCCUCUGUUUUCCUAUUCUUAUCCCUUUUCCAUACCAGUACAUUCGCCUUUUUUCUUAAGUUGCCCUUCACUGUGAAGCCUUCCUGAUUCUCCCCUGCCGGGCGAUGCUUGAGAGAUCGAUAAUCCUCUCUUAGAAAUAUCUUCCAUCGAUGGCUCACUUAUAGAUUUCUUUUCCAUUGUGACGGUUGUGGUUUAUAUUGACUUCCUGUGUAAUUAUGCCUCUCAAGCAGAGUCAUUGUAAUGAUUACCACAUACUUCAUUUAAGAUUAUGAGCGCAGGAAGUAUGCUUUUAAAAAAUCUACUUAUGUUCCCAGCCUAUUACUUGUCUUUUAGUGUUCUCGUUUCUGUUAAGCUUUUUUUUUUCUUGGCCUCCUGUAUAUGGGGAGAAAGUUCUUACUUUCGUGGUCAUUUUGCAUUAUCAUAUAUACCAUUUUUUCGUUGAUAAGGUAACUACAUGUGUGUGAUUUUUAUCCCAGGUGCGGAUGAAAAUCUGGAACUGGAACCCAAACCACCCGUGACACUAAAGAAGUCCAGUCUGGACGAUGUCUAUAAUGUCCAUGAGGAGAUCGGAAAGUAAGCAACGGUGUUCAUAUACAAGCAUAUAAUCACUUGUUAAGAUUGAACGGGGGCGAUAAACGUUGUGCCUUUUGUUUACUUCGGUGAGAAACCUUAGUCUCAUAGUCUGUUCAUUAAGGAGUCUAAGAGGCACACCUUUUAGAAAAAAAGACGACGUGUUGAAUACCUUGCAAUGGAAUGGUUUGCCUCCCCGAAUAUCUUGAUGAUUUAACCAAAACCAGAAAAUCGUUUCCUGACACACUUGUGAUUAGAUAAAAUGUAACAUAACCAGCUGCACGUGAUUUUUUUAGUCCCGUGACAUCUAAAAUCUAGUUUCUCAUCGAACAGAGGAAAGUUUGGUGUAGUGAAGAGAGUUACAGAACGUUCUUCAAAGACCACGUUUGCCGCCAAACACAUCCGGCUCAGUACGGCUGGCAGCGGUUCAUCGCGAGAUGACAUCGUGCGUGAAAUUGAUAUCAUGAACAAGCUGCACCACAAGAGGCUUGUGGGAUUGAUUGAUGCGUUUGAGACGUCCAGGAAUAUCGUCAUGAUAAUGGAAUUGUGAGUAUCAUUUUAUUAAAACUAGUAAAGAUAAAUUCAAACGUAAUUGAUACAUCGGAAGGGAAAACGUGGACUGUUAUAUUUUAUUCAUGAAUUAGUUAAAGGAUGGCUAUCUUGUUCCCUGUAAUUUUUUUCAUAUUUUUAUAAGUUGGUAAAAGGAUUUGGAAUCGUCCUGUGAAAGCUUCCUUGCGGGAAACACCAUAUUUAUGACAUAACUUUUAUCGAUCAAGAAUCCAGUAAGAGUAAAACAUCAGGCAUGCCUCAUUUAAAAAUAACGACCCUUAACUCAUCGAUGAUAACACUUUAUGUAAUUAACCUUUCGCACGUUUUCUCGCCAUUUGUUUUAGUUUUGUACCUCUCACUCUCCAAAUUGGUUCAGUUAGAACUUAGACCAGCAGGGUUUUGAAGAUUAAUUGGAGACCCAAGAUGAUUUUUCUGAUAACUUUUCUUCUCUUUGUUUAGUGUGUCCGGGGGUGAGCUGUUUGAAAGAGUGGCGGAUGCUGAUUGCUUGACGGAGAGGGAAGCUUCUUUUUACAUGUAUCAAUUACUGCAGGGUCUUCAAUACAUGCACACCAAGAAUAUUGUGCAUCUAGAUCUAAAGGUAGGAAAUAUCUUACAUUAGGCUUAAAAAGUAAAACCUCCUGAGCAGAAGAAUGAAAAAUUGUUCUACCUUCCUUCUACAUCCCGACACGUUAGGAAAUCUUCUUACAAAGAGCCUAUAGAUACAGCUACUUACUUCCUCACCUUUAUUACACAUAUACACCAUUACUGAUAUUAAGUUCAUUUGAAACCAUGCAACCGGAUUCAUAUAAGUAUUGUAAAAGAAAUAUUUUGUCAAAAAGCAAGCAGUUUAAUUGCCCGAGUCAUGAGUUUCCAACAAGGAUGAAGAGCUAUAUUUAGUGGUGCGGAAGAACCGAUUGAACGAGGAAUAAUUAUUUUGCUUCCUAAGUUUUGUACUGGUAAUUAAGGAGAAGGUAAACGCUUCCAAAACCUCCUUUUUCUUUUCUUUUUACUUUUUCCGCAGCCUGAAAAUAUCGUAUGCGUAAGCAAGAACAGCUGGGAUAUCAAACUUAUCGACUUUGGCUUAGCACAGGAGCUCGUGCCGGGGGUCACAGUGACUGCUCUCAAGGGAACCCCUGAAUUUAUGGGUACGUUUUCUCUAAGAUGUUCCCAACAAAUACUACUGAAUUUCAUUAAUGAAAGUUAUUCGAGAACAGCAUCUUGGUUUUUGCUUAUCUCUUUUUAUCUUUUUUUUCCAGUACCACCCCUGCUUAUGCUUGUACUUUGUUUACAUAUUUGUUAGUUUUUUUUGCCUUUUGAUGUUUUGUUUGUCUUGUUUCUUUAGCUCCAGAAGCGGUCAAUUUUGAGCCCAUUUCAUUGGCUACUGACAUGUGGUAUGUUCUUGAAGUUCUUUUACAUGAUCACUUCAUGGUUAAUUGAAGUACAUACCUCUUCGUUUAACGAAAGUCGUCUUAAGUCUCCAUUAUCUCGCUGUUUUGAAGCGGUUCCAGAAAUUUGAGGAUCAAAUUACCGAAUUUUAUGAAUAGAAAAGAAAGAGUAAAUUGAUCUAAAGGCAAGGAAGGGUUGAGGAUGAUAGUUUUUUUAGUCGUUUUUUUCAAUAAUAAUAGCCAAUUGCUAAACUGCUUAUUAUUUAUUUGACUCAACACAUUUAUUAAUAAUCAUAGUUAAUACAAUAUAGUUGUACACAGUAACAAAAAAUGAAGGAAGUUAAGUGGUCAUUGAAAUUUAUCAUCAGAAAAAGAUCAUAUACUCCACUAAUAAGGAUACGAAUAGAAGGAAAGGGAUUCUGGAAAAGAUUCUUACCUGUUCCAGGAAGAACAUUCAAGAUCACUUCCUUGUUGCUAUGGAGACUUCGCUUGGUGUGCAUGUGGCGACUUCGAUCCUGGGCAACAGAUGAAAAUCGCUUGAUGCAUAUUUUAGUUUAAGUGAACUUAAGCAAGAGUACAAGUUUUAAGAGCAUUCAUAGUACUAAAAGAAUGAGUACGGACUGACUCUUUACCAUAAAGGUGAUGAAAUUCAAUGUUUUAUCUUUCAGGAGCGUUGGUGUCAUAGCUUACAUCCUGUAAGUAUCUCUCACUAUGUGAUAUGAACUUUGUGCGGUAAUUUUGUGGCUUUAUAUACAAAUAACAAGUGAACUAAGCAUUGAAGGCCUUCUUUACGAACGGUUUGUUCUUCGAAAAGAAUAGCUUUUCGCUCGUUCAUCAUUUUCGAUCCAUGUUUUAAUCUUGUCUAACCUCAAACAUGGACUUUUUUUUAUGGCUUAUUAUAAAGUCACUGGUAUCUAUUUACCCGAAAAGAGAAUUGUCUUUAAAUUCCCUUCUCGCUGAAAACUCUUGUUUAAACCUUAAGAAAGGUCGAAAAAGCAUGUCUUAGUAAUUCCCUUUGAUAUCUAUCUCCGAAAUUCUGUCGCUCAUUUUCCAAAAAAUAAAGAAAAGUACAUUAGCUUAAAUAUAAUAUUACUGUCAACAGUAACGCAAUUUCUGUGUGGCAACGUCACUUAUGUUAAAUAAGACUCAUUUGACACCCGUAAUGCGGAUAAGUAUUCCCUGGCGACAGUAAACUUGAUUCUAGAACCCUUUUUUCUCAUGAAAACCACGAUGCACUCGUUCAAUUUCUUACUUAUUCAUUUUAAGCCUCAGUGGGUUGUCGCCACUUCUGGGAGAGGAUAACAAUGAGACCCUAGCCAAUGUGACUGCCGUCGAGUGGGACUUUGAAGACGAGAGCUUUGACGUCAUUUCUGACGAAGCUAAAGAUUUCAUUGCUCAACUAAUGGUGAAAAGCCCCAGGUAUGAUUAGUAUGUUUAGUUACAACUGAUAAUGUCUGUCUGCCUAACAUUAAGGUUUCUAUGAGAGUUCUUAUUACCCAUCACUUUCUGAACAGUUCACGUUCUAUACCUAACCAGCAUAACAGUAUCUAUGUUAUUUUUUAAUUUUUAUCUCUGUUCUAUUUACCUAUUUUGAAACUUCAGAAAAAGGAACACGGUUACGCAAAGUUUGGAGCAUGAAUGGAUGAAGGUAAAUGAUAAUGCUUUUAAGUAUUUUUUAAAGAGCCACUUGAAUAAAUUCUGCAUAAUCAUUUCAUUGAUGUUGAAAUCAGCAGCGGCAAGGUUUGAAGCUUUCACAUUCCUGGUCAAAAUCAGUAAUUCUCCUAUGUGAGUGACUUACGUUUUUUCUCAUUGAUGGUUCUGCUAGAUUCGAUGUCAGAUCAAAUCAACACCUCGAGUUGAUUUUUGUUAUCAAUUCUCACCCUCUUGCUUGAAAAUGCAAAUUAUUUUGCAUAAGUUGUUGAUUGUUAUUGUUUAAUUAUGGUUCAAAAGGAAGGGUCCAACCAGAGCGGUCUUAACUAGAAAAAUAUGAAACCGUCAAUAAUCCAAGCUUGGCUUUACUUUGAAUGGCUAAGUAUGGAAAACAACUAAAUAAGUGCGAAACAGUUGCAAUGCUAAGGCCAACUAGAUGAUCAAUUUAUUGACUACUGGUUUUAUUUUCCUUAUUUCUUUGACAGAAAAGUGCGUCAACAAACGCUAUCAAGAUAGACACCAAGAAGUUAAAACAAUUCUUAGCCAAACGAAGGUGGCAGGUGAGAGGCUGGUAGUUAUUGCCCAAAGUCCUUAAUAGCACUGUUACAGAAGCGUUAGUCAAAAACCAUAUUUUUGUUUCACUUCAGGACUUGUGUCGAUGUUUUGCUUGGGUAGAUAAGGAACAUAUAAAACCUUCCCCAAUCAUUCCACAAUUUCUCUUUGCCUUUGGAUUAAAAUUUGUUUUUGCUUUAUUCCUUUCAUAUUGUAAUAGAUAUUUAUGAAAUAUUAAUGAAGCAUUAAAUGAAUGAUUACUAACAUUGAUGAUUUGACGUGAUUUGCUGACUUUAAUAACUAACAAUAAUCAAUAAUUUGAAAUCAAUACGGUAAAUUAGUGACUUAAUACUGAGUUUUAUUUAUGGUUCUAAUCAAUUGUCGUAUGCACGUAUCCUUGAUAUUAGAGUACACGUUUUAAUUUGAUAGCGUUAACCUUUCAGUUAAUGACUCACCGAUAACAGCUCAGUUCUAAACGUCUUAAAAUAGUACCGUGAUGAAAGUCCCACAAUGUCGGCCACAAAUGCACAAUGUGGUAAAUCCAAGCAAAGUAUCAUCUAAACUAAACUAACAGGCACGGUACUUGUGUGGAUAAAUACGGGCACUCGCAACCCAGAUCACGUCAGUCAAAUCUAUACAAUCAUGUACUCAUAGAUUCCCUUCUUAAGCGAAUGUGCCAAUCAUCCAAAGAUGCUGACUGAGGAUGAAAUCCUCGAGGUUAGUCGAGUGUGGAAUCAUCAAGUGUCGCCAUGGUAACAGACGUGUCGCAAAUUGUGUUCCUUGAAACUCAGCUUUCAUUUCCUUGACAUGGUUUCGUCCUUAUGUUGGUUGAAUUCUUUCCCACUUCUUACUUUUGCCGAAGGAUUAUUUGUAUUGGUAACGUCCAGACUACCUUAAAUUAAAGCUUACAAUAGGGGGGCGAAAAAAUUGAUCAGAAUUUAAAUCAGAACUAUUUCUGAAAGUCUUUAUACCUCCUUCGAACUUCAGUUUGCAUCCUCAAAAUUCAAAAACCUAAAACUUAGUAUUCAAUUCAGUGCAAUCCAAAAUGUCAGCUGUCAAAGAAACGAUUGAAUACAUUAGUUAGGUUAAAAAUACACAUUUUGUUUACUCAUCUUACGACUCUGAAUGGAGAAGCUGAUCCAAGAUAAUUGUAUAUAAUAGAGACUCCGAACCGCUCCCUGGUUACUUUUUGUAAAUAGUUGUCCUCACGACGAAGCGCACAUCAAGGCAAGUUGGUUCGCUUUCAGCGGCUCUGGCCAUUUUAAAUUAUGGUUGCAUGGAUAUGGUGUAUUUUCGUUUGUGCAAUACUUUUCCUGUAAGCAAUUCAUAAGAUAUGAUUGCCGACCUAUGCAAGCCUAGAAUUUUAUUCCAAAAGCAAUCGAAACAGAGGUCUUGCAUGUCAAGUGACUUUAGUUUUUUUUUCCUUUUAGAAAUCUGUUAACGCACUGAAAGCGGUCCGUCGAUUAUCCACCUUGUCGUCUCUCAUGAACCUCAAGAGUCGUCCCUCGAUUGCACCGUCGUUACCAACUCUUCCCUCUGCCAAGGAGGAUGUUGAAGAUGCAACUGGCUCUAAUGAAAUUCGUAAAGGAAAAGACGAGAAUGACGCUGGAGAAACAACAAACGUGGAAAACGUAUUAAAAGAAGAGGAUGAUGAGGAAAAACCGAAGGGCAAGUGUCUAAACCAUCUUACAAUUGAUGAACAGAAUAAGUUGACUGUUUUAACCUUUGGCCGGCUAAUUGACAAACGGACUAGCCUUGAGCGAGAUGAAUGAAUACCUAGUUGAAUCCAUGAUUCAUUAGCUUCUCUUAUGUUUGAUUUAGUGGCUUAAAUGACUAACUGACUGUCUGAUUGACUGAAAAUUCCGUAAGCGGCUCGGUGUGUGAGUGAGAUGAGUGAGGGAGAUGAGUCAGGGAGUGCGUGUGUACGUUCGUGCGUGCUUGAAUGAAAGUGUGCUUGAUUCACUGAGGUAACAAUUGAGUGGGUAAGUGGUUCAAAGUUGUCAGACCAGCUAACUUAACAAAAAGCUGGACUGUUUCCUGGGUAAGUGAGUGACUGAUUGAGUCACUUAAUAAGAAACUUACUGAUAGUUGUGCAAACUAACUGAUACAUUGCCGGCAAGGGGUCGUUUUCAUUUGACUGGAAUGUGAAAUGUUACUGUAGAAGAUGAUUUUUCAGUUGGGUUUAAAUCAACCAGUUGAAUCAUACAUGGAUUAUUUGUUUGUUAAUUCGACUGACUGAGUCAUUGAUUAAUUAAUUGACAGAA